GAGAUACCAUUCCGGGGCAGCGGGCAAUGCAAAACGAACUCGCUCAAUCCAUUUGCUGUGGCUGAUGUCAAGUGACCGACUUCCGCCCCAUGUCUUCAGUUCUGCAUCAGCCGGCAAGCAGUUGAGAAACGACGCCAGGGGAGGUAGACGGACAGAUGUUGUCAAACGAAGGAAUGGAAACCUGACAUUAACUUUGAAUAGGAAAAGAGAGUAAACGUCGUCGUGGGCAGCUGUCGUAUGUGGACGCGGUGGUGAAACUGGAGGGAAUAGGGCGACAGAGAGAAGCUGAUGAAUACGUUUCAUUUGAGGAGGCGGACCCCUGACUGCGUCUUCGAUAUGCGGAAAGCAGGCCCGGUGUGUUCAUACUGUAUGUGGAAGUACAGAUAGGCUACUAUUUUGUCUUUAUUCAAUCAUGAGGAUCGGAUACAUUGUACUUUAAACCGCGUUGGACACACCGCGUAUUAUUUCCUGGCCGCGAGCUAGAGCCAAUUUAUUUGGUCGUGUGUUUUUUCAGAUAGAAGAUACCAUACUUCUACCCAUUUGCACUUUUUUCUUUGGAAGUUGACUUUAAAGUAGAGUAUGCUACCGGUUUGUCUCAGAGCUAGCUUUAAAUCGUUCUAUAAGAUCUGAGUAACGGAUGAGGGGAAUCGCUUGAGGUCUAGCCUACUUCAUGCCACGCACCUGAGCAGGCCUAUCAUUUUUGGAUGGAGUUUUGAAGUAUUAUGGCCUAAUUUUUGACGUUGCGAACACUUGAAUUAGAUACCUUUUGUAGAUAGGCCUAGCCUAUUCAUUGUCAUUAUCUAUAGCCUAUAGAUGCAAAUAGUGGAGCAUUUCUAAACACCAACAGCUCCUAGUCUAUUUCGCUGUUAUCUAUUCAUAUGUGGUAUUUAUCUAAACACAGCGUUUUUUUUAAAGGUGAUGCAUUUUAUCUAACUGUCGUCUGACGUUUCAUUCUUGUGGCUCGACAUAUUCGAAUAUUUAUAUCCCAAACGCAAUUCUCCGGGUAGUCUUUACACCCGGUGGAAUCCUUGGAGAAAGCGUUCCAUUUCGGAAUAGCCAUUAUUUUUGUAUUUAUUCUCUCUUCACACGGAAAAUAAUUAGUGGCUUCCCCCACAAUGAGUUACUUCUACCAAGCAGUGCUUCUAUUGCUACGUGGACUCGUCAUCUCUGCGGUACUGGGAUUGGAAAGCAGUUACUCAACCGAUCUGUCGACCCGUGCUUCUAAUGCCGCAAUUGUAGCCACUACAGACCCCUGUCUGACAGUGAUGCCUCCAUGCAUGGGUGACGCAGACCGUUUCAGCCUGGAGGCCCUCCGGGUCAUUCACAAACAGCUGGAUGACGACAAUGACGGGGGAAUCGAGGUCAACGAGAGUGUAGAGUUUAUUAGAGAAGAUAUGAAGCAACAACAAACGAACAAACACAGUAACCUUCACAGGGAAGACCAACACAUCACUGUGGAGGAGCUGUGGAAGGGCUGGAAAACCUCCGAAGUUCAUAACUGGACGACGGAGGACACGGUCCAGUGGCUGAAGGAAGCUGUGGAGCUGCCUCAGUACGAGAUGAGCUUCAGAGAGUUCCGGAUCAAUGGAAACACUCUUCCUCGAUUAGCGGCGAACGAACCGUCGUUUAUGUCGGGUCGGCUAAAGAUAUUAGACCAGCGGCACAAACAGAAACUGAAUCUCAAAGCACUAGACGCUGUGCUCUUUGGCCCUCCCUCACGUCCGCAACACAACUGGUUGAAGGACUUUGUGUUGAUGGUAUCUAUAGUGAUUGGGGUGGGAGGCUGCUGGUUCGCUUACAUCCAGAACAAGUCUUCCCGGGUCCACAUGGGACAGAUGAUGAAGGACUUGGAGAGCCUGCAGAGUGCUGAGCAGAGCCUCAUGGACCUACAGGGACGGUUGGAGAAGGCGCAGGAGGAGAACCGCACAGUGGCGGUUGAGAAGCAGAACCUGGAGCAGAAGAUGAGAGACGAGAUCAGCGGGGCCAAGAAGGAGUCGUACCGCCUCCGGGAGCUCCGUCAGGGUGCCGAGUGUGAGCUCAGCCGCCUCAAAUACGCAGAGGAGGAGCUGGUGCAGGUUCGUAUGGCCCUGAAGCGGGCGGAGAAGGAGAUGCAGACAGAGUGGUCGGUGCCAGACGCCCUACAGAUGUGGCUACAACUCACCCACGAGGUGGAGGUCCAGUACUACAACAUCAAGAAACACAGUGCGGAGCUACAGCUCAUGGUCGCUAAGGAAGAGGCAGAGAAAAUCAACAGAAAGAGGAGUAGUGUGUUUGGGACCCUUCACGUCGCUCACAGCUCAUCACUGGACGAGGUGGACCACAAGAUCCUAGAGGCCAAGAAGUCCCUGUCGGAGGUGACUGCCUGCCUGAGGGAGCGCCUCCACCGCUGGCAGCAGAUGGAGAAGCUGUGUGGUUUCCCCUUGGUGCACAACGCUGGGCUUCCCAGCCUGACUGCCACCCUGUACUCAGACCACAGCUGGGUGGUCAUGCCCCGCGUCUCCGUGCCCCCCUACCCCAUCGCCGGUGGGGUGGACGACCUCGAUGAGGACACUCCUCCAAUCAUUCCACAGUUAACCUCAGCCUCUAUGAUGCGGCCCCCUUUAACACGCAAUAGCAGCCUGUGCCGUUCCCGCCGGAGCCUCUACAGCACUUCAAUGACGUCAGCUGACCCCGACCUGCUCUCCAUGACCAGCUCACCCCUCUCCUAUCAUCCCGAGGGGGAAGAGGGAUAUAUCUUCUUCAUGGAGAGAAAGGGGGAUACUCAGGACACGUGUUCAGACACAGACUCUCUCAACUCCUCCAAGGGGCGUAAACAGUCCUACACCAACCCCUGCACACCGGGCCCAGAGACCCCCUACCGCAAGAUCUCCCGUGAGGAGCUGAUGAUGCUGAGCCAGCAGGAGCCUCAGUCUUAUGUCCGGGACUCACCUCCUCCUCAAGGGGGAUCCUCGGCCCCCUCCCCAGCCCUGGAGCACCACAGACACAAACACAAGGGUUCGCCCGACCUCACCCGUGGAUCUAUCCCAGAGUCCCACAGCAUGUCCUUCGCCACUUCGUCAGCAGGCAACAAGGCCAUGUACAACGGCAUCCUGGAGAAGUCCUAUAGCAUGGGCCAGCUGCACGCGAGCAUGACAGGGGCAGGCGGGGUAGCGGUCGGGCGCUACCCGUCCCUCACCUCAAUGGACAAUGAGGGCAGGGGGACGGGGGCCAAGGAGCAGAAGCAACCGAGUACCUCCUCCCAGGACUCCAGUGGCAACGGAGACAAGGCCAAGAGGUCCUCGUCCAAAAUCAAGAGCUUGUUCAAGAAGAAAAAAUAGUCCUACACACAGAGAGAGAGAUUCUAGCCUUAAUAAAAAAUGGCCGUCAUCAAACGAAGCCAAAACAUUAUUUUUGUUCCUUUUUUUUCUCUUCCAAGAUGGAAUGUAUCUCUGGCUGGACCCCUCAGACCUCUUCCAGAUCGGUAGCCUUAUUUUUCAAUAAUGCCUUUUUUUUUUCACUCAUAGGGCGCUGCUGAUGCAUACCAGAUCUGACAUACACCUGGAUAGGUAUUUUACUUAUCAGCUGACCACAUCAUAUGUUGUAGCAAUCUGUCAGUCGAUGAUGUGGCGCGCAAACAUUGGUUGAUGCAUGCAACGUAUGAGUAGGGUAACGCGACCAUAGCUUCACAUUCAAGCCUUCAAAGGUCACAGAAAAGUCAAAAGGACAAGGGUCGUGCCAGCUGCCGUCGCCCAGGCAAUCGUGAAGAGCAUUAGCCUGGUCACUUCUCUUGUCUUCUCUUGUUCUUUUUGAGUUAAAGAACCCCAAAAUAAAUAACACUUGUUCUAUCUGGAAACUGAGGGGGGUUUACAUGGUGGGCUUGUUAGCUUGACAUCACUUCCUGUCUGACAGAGGCUCCUGAGCUCUGGACUCAUUUCCUUUGAGAAAUAAAAAUCCUGCUGAGUUUGUUGCA